AAAAUCAAGAAUUGUAAUAUAUAAACAGUAUCUAAAGUUUGAUUGAUUUGUUUAAAUUUGAAAAAUGUCUCAACCUGUCGCAUCGAAGGCUCGUGUCAUUAAGAUCCUCAACCGCAUUGGAGCCCGUGGCAUACUAACUGAGGUCCGGGUGCAGUUGGUCGAUCAACCCAGGAUGCAAUUUAUGAGGACUGUUAAGGGACCUGUGCGUCUUGGGGACAUUGUGGAUUUUGAGGACACCGAAAUAACUUGGCAGGCCUCGAGCAGGAGCAACAGCAACUUCGGUGAUAUUUGCUAAGCAUAUUAAAAGACCGUUGGUACUGCAACGGAAUAUAGAGACGAAAAAGUUACAACUAAAAAGCUACUAUUAAUGAACUUAAAAUAACCCUAAAGGUCCACUACACAAACUCGUCAACCAUAUAAACAUAGUUAACAUAGUUAACAAAACUAAUAAAAUUGUUGAUGAAAUA